UUGCUGGUCCACCACCUCCGUCGCUACCACCACCGCCGCUACCAACGAGCAUCCACCUCCACCUCUGCCUCUCUACGAAGCGACGAUGAGGAUUCUGCAGCUUCGGCAAAGUCGUUUGAAGAAGUCAGUCGACAGUUGCACGUCCUCGCGACUCGGAGAAUAACGAUCAGGGGGAAGAGAGAAAAGAAAGAAAGGAAGAAACUGAAAAAAAGAGAGAGAAAGAGGCAAAGAGGCGGCCGCUCGCUGUCGCCAGCUGAGAGAGAGCCUAUCUCCUGAUCAACGGCUGCGGCGAACAACACUCUUUAGUCUUUUCUUUUUUCGUUUCGUCUUCCCCUUCGUUGUCGUUCGUCUUUCGUCUUACGUCCACGUUCAGCACGCUUCGCCGCUGCCUCUUCGCUCGACUCGUCGUUGACUCGUUCUACUGCGAGGAAGAUGCGCUGAGAAGCGAUCGACGAAGAAUGUCGAUGGACGAGACGCAUGGAGGCGGCAUGAUUUCCGCAAUCCUUUCCUCGGUCGUGCUUCUCCUCCUGCUCGGACGCACCGCGGACGCUCAGAGGAGCUUGGAGUUCUUCGAUCUUCUGCCGGAAGAUCCUAAGCUGUACGAUAAAAUGCGACCACCAAAGAAGGACGGGCAGGCGACCGUUGUUUAUUUCCAUGUCACUGUUAUGGGCCUUGAUUCCAUAGACGAGACUUCGAUGACAUACGCAGCUGAUAUAUUCUUCGCUCAAACUUGGAAAGAUAACAGGCUACGAUUACCAGAAAAUAUGACGUCUGAAUACAGAUUACUGGAAGUCGACUGGUUAAAAAAUAUGUGGCGACCGGAUUCGUUCUUCAAGAACGCCAAAUCAGUGACUUUUCAGACGAUGACCAUACCGAAUCAUUACUUAUGGUUGUACAAAGACAAGACUAUUUUAUACAUGGUCAAAUUAACGUUAAAGUUAUCUUGUGCUAUGAACUUCCUGAUCUAUCCCCACGAUACGCAGGAGUGUAAACUACAAAUGGAAAGUUUGUCGCACACGACGGAUGAAAUGAUCUUCCAGUGGGAUCCUGACGUGCCACUCGUCGUCGACGAGAACAUCGAGCUGCCGCAACUGCAACUGGUUAAGAAUUACACGGCCGAUUGCACGCAGGUCUAUUCUACUGGUAACUUCACUUGCCUCGAGGUAAUAUUCGUAUUGAAACGUAGACUUGGAUACUAUUUGUUUCAUACUUACGUUCCUACCUGUCUGAUUGUCAUCAUGUCGUGGGUGUCCUUUUGGAUAAAACCGGAAGCAGCGCCAGCCAGAGUAACGCUGGGUGUGACUUCCUUGCUCACCCUUUCGACGCAACACGCGAAGAGUCAAGCGUCUCUGCCUCCUGUCUCGUAUCUGAAGGCAGUGGACGCGUUUAUGUCUGUUUGCACUAUCUUCGUGUUCAUGGCGCUGAUGGAGUAUUGCCUGGUGAACAUCGUCCUCGGCGAUUCGGACGCGCCUCCGAAACCGGCGCCUCCACCUCCGCCACCAUCUUCCAGCUGCAGCGAUGCCGCCAAGCUUGACAAAAUCUUCGACAUCGCUACUAAGGAGAACGCAAUAUUGUUAUCCGGCCGAUCGCAGAAGUCGACGACAACUGGACCACCACCAGGACCUACACCUGCCCAAAAGGCACGUAUGCGUGCCCUCAACAUCGACCGAGUCUCGCGUGUCUUCUUCCCUUUCCUAUUCGCCGUGCUAAACGUAACUUAUUGGAUAAUGUUCGCUGAGUAUAUUUAAGCUACGAACACAACGGAAACCGAAACGUUGAUUCUGCGAACAAAGACACCGGACAAGAAUGAAGAAAAAAAACGACACCGAAAGAAGACGUGAAAAUGAAUUCGGAUCAUAGUUGUGUCGUCCAAGGAUACCAUCGAAUGGAACGUUUUGAUCGUGAGAACCAGAGGUCGAAAGUGAAUCCUCGUUUUCCUUCAGGUUGUUCUAAUUAAUAGAAAAGUGAUAGAGAUCAAGAUAUGAAGUUGUGUAGGGUAGAUGGAGAAUCUUGGCGCGGCACGAAGAAGAAAGUAACGUUCAAUGGUGUACAGUGUAAAAAGCAAUGAAUGAAGAGGCUUCUCUUUUCUA